AUGGCCUUGGCGACGCCGCUCCGCCACCUCGUCGCCGCGCAGCCCGCGGCGACGGACCCUACUGGAGCGCCGGCGUCCCUGACCUUCCCGCUCCACCACCACGGCCGCCUCCACGCCAGGUUCACCGCUACGCCGUCCUCUGGGACAACCAGGGCCACCAGGGUCGUGGCCACGGCGGCGGCGGGCGCGGCGGGGCGGCCGACGGUGCUGGUGACGGAGAAGCUGGGCGCGGCGGGGCUGGAGCUGCUGCGGGCGUUCGCGAACGUGGACUGCGCGUACGAGCUCACCGCGGAGGAGCUGCGCGCCAAGGUGUCGCUGGUGGACGCGCUGGUGGUGCGCAGCGCCACGCGCGUGUCGCGGGAGGUCUUCGAGGCCGCGCGCGGGCGGCUCCGCGUCGUGGGCCGCGCCGGCGUGGGCAUCGACAACGUCGACCUCCAGGCCGCCACCGAGGCCGGCUGCCUCGUCGUCAACGCCCCCACCGCCAACACCGUCGCCGCCGCCGAGCACGCCGUCGCGCUCCUCGCCGCCAUGGCGCGCAAUGUCGCCCAGGCCGACGCCUCGCUCAAGGCUGGAAAAUGGCAGCGUAGCAAAUAUGUUGGCGUUUCCUUGGUGGGGAAGACACUAGCUAUCAUGGGCUUUGGAAAGGUUGGCUCGGAAGUAGCUCGGCGUGCAAAAGGACUUGGAAUGGAUGUUAUUGCUCAUGACCCAUAUGCUCCUGUUGAUAGAGCCCGGGCUAUCGGUGUAGAUCUUGUAUCGUUUGAUGAGGCCAUCUCUACUGCAGACUUCAUAUCACUGCAUAUGCCUCUUACACCAUCAACAACAAAACUUUUCGAUGACGAGACUUUUGCAAAAAUGACAAAAGGAGUUAGGAUUAUUAAUGUUGCAAGGGGUGGAGUAGUUGAUGAAGAAGCUUUGCUAAGAGCACUUGAUAAUGGGACUGUUGCACAGGCAGCACUUGAUGUGUUCUUUGAAGAGCCACCGCCAAAAGACAGCAAGUUAGUACACCAUGAAAAUGUCACUGUGACGCCGCACCUUGGAGCUAGCACAAUGGAAGCACAGGAAGGCGUAGCCAUUGAAAUUGCAGAGGCUGUUAUUGGCGCGUUGAAAGGUGAACUGGCUGCUACUGCUGUUAAAUCCCCCAUCUACUCCAGGCAGAAAAAAUCGGACGACACCCCUCCACUAAGACACACAACGCGGGAUGCUGCAUAACGCAGAUGCAGAGACAGGACGGGCCAAACACGGGCACAUACUCGGUGUUGGAGAGGGAACAACUGAGGCUGGCUACACACGACAUGGUGCAACAUGGCAUUUGUCACCUUGAAGUAUGCCCAACAUACAUGUGUUGUCUGGCACCCCUUGGGGCGGUGUUUUUUCGUGUUUUUUAGAGGAGGAUGAAGAAGUCGCGAGCUCCUCUAUCCAGUGUCUUCAUGGGUCAUUCACACGAUGACACAAUCACCAUGAUUGCAAAUUAGCAGUAGUGGCCUUGACACAUUCUCUGCACGACUGUGCCAUCCACUUGUAUAAGUAUACCACAGAUCGAUAAUGCAAGUGUGUUGAAUCCUAA